CUAAUCGAGGAUUUGAAGAUAGCGAAGGAAAUUUUUGGAAAGUAGAUUUGUGUGUUUCUUUUGACUGGAAGUUUAUGACACUUGUACUGGGAAUUAAUAGCCCAACAUCACACUAUUUUUCCAUUGACAUCAAUAAGAGUAUUGAAACAGUAGAUUUAAUAAAAGAUCUUUUAGAUUGUAUAUCCAAUGCAGACAGCUUAGAAUUACCUAAUUUAUCUGAAGCAAUAGCAAAAAUUGAAAUUGGUAACAGUAAAUCAAAAGAAUCUGAAUUGGAAGUUAGUAAUACAAAAGAUCUCGAAUUAGAAAUUAUUAAUGAAAAGAAGCCUAAUACAA